GAACCUCAGGAUGCAGAUUAUCCCUCACUUAGCUAUGAACUCGAGAGCGAGAUUCUAGCCAGGUUUCCUAGGUGGGAGUACUGGAAACUUUGCCUCGUAAACAAGAGAUGUUCAAUGCUUCUAAAGAGCGGUGAUAUAUUUCAGAUUCGUAAAGAGAAUGGGUUCAAAGAACCUUCAGUAUUUAUGUUAGCAAGUGGGGAGACUAACUGGUGGACAUUUGAUCGUGAGUUCAAGUCCCGAAGGAAAAUCCCUGAUUUACCUUCAGAUGUUUGCUUUACGUUUGGCGAUAAGGAAUCGCUUUGUGCAGGCACACAUUUACUCGUCUCGGGUAAGGAAAUCGAUGGUCUCGUUAUUUGGAGGUUCGAAUUAGCAACAAAUAGUUGGUACAGAGGUCCCUCUAUGGUUAAUCCUAGGUGUUUAUUUGCAUCAGCUACUUGUGGUACCUCUGCUUUUGUUGCUGGUGGUGUUGGUAGUAUGGCGAAUAGUCAGGUCUAUGACACAUUUGAGAAAUACAACCCCGAUAGCAGAUCGUGGGACCCACUACCGAGGAUGAAGAGGAAGAGGAUCUGUGCGGGAUGUUGUAUGGACAACAAGUUCUACGUGAGGGGAAGGAACAAGAACGGUGAGUUAACAUGUGGAGAAUUCUUCGAUGAGGGUAAGAAUAGAUGGGAGCUGAUUCCGGACAUGUUGAGAGACGAUCCGGAACCAGAGGGACACUCACCGCCACUCAUAGCUGUCGUGAACAACGAGCUGUACUCGCUCGAGGCUUCUUCAAAUCAGCUGAAGGUUUACUUGAAAAGAAGCAACACUUGGAGAAUGUUAGGGCAAGUACCAGUGAAAGCUGAUUUUAACAGGGGAUGGGGCAUUGCUUUCAAGUCACUGGGAAAUGAACUACUUGUAAUCGGAGCUGCUUCAUCAUCAACGUCUUAUUCGGGUAAUUCCAUGGCUAUAUAUACUUGCUGUCCUGAUCCUGAUGCAACUGAGUUGCAGUGGAAACCUCUCGACAGUGGUCGAAAUCGACUUAGUAGUUUUAUCUUAAACUGUUCAGUUAUGGUAGCUUGAAUAAUUCCGCUAAUUAUCAGCAAACAAGAAGUCUUGUAUUGUGAUCAAAAUAUAAGUGGCAUGGCCACUGGUUUCAAAUAUUUUCUUGCAUAUAUUCACUAGUGUUUGCUCUGUUAUACUACUUUGGAUAGUGCAUGCUACCAUGCCUUUCAUGUGAUUUCUAUGCAGAGUGUUAUUCUAAU